AUGUUGAUUGAUUCUGGGGCCACAAGCAAUAUUAUAGACGAAGAGACAUGGGAGACACUAAAAAGCAAAAGAAUUGCGUGCCAUUCAUACAAAUCUGACAAAAAACUAUAUGCAUACGCCUGUAAAGAACCCUUAUCCAUAAAAGGAGCCUUCACAUGUGAAGUAAAAUGCGGGAAACGUAGCACAGAGGCUGAAUUUGUGGUAAUUAAAGGAAAAGGAGAGUCCCUUUUGGGUAAAGAGACAGCAACUAAACUUGGAGCACUGAGAAUUGGGCUCAACAUAGCCACAAUCAGUGACAUGGCAAACCAAAUUCAGGAACAGUACCCAGUUCUGUUUAGAGGAGUUGGAAAACUCAACACCAAACAGAUUGGUUUAUACACUGAUGAGACUGUGACUCCAAUAGCUCAACCAAUACGCCGAAUUCCAUUCCAUCUGAGAGAAGCAGUAGAACGAAAAAUUCAGCAGCUUCUAGAAUUGGACAUCAUUGAACCAGUGACUACUGCCACCCCAUGGGUGAACCCGGUAGUGAUUGUUCCAAAGACUGACAAAGAUAUCAGACUAUGUUUGGAUAUGAGGCAAGCAAAUAAAGCAAUAAUCCGGGGCCGAUAUCCAAUUCCGACUGUAGACGAGCUCCUGCAGAACAUGAAUGGCUCCUCAGUCUUAAGCAAACUUGAUCUUAAGUGGGGAUACCACCAACUAGAGCUUACCCCACAGUCCAGAGGUAUCACCACAUUUGCUGUGCACAACGGUACAUACCGAUACAAGAGACUGGUUUUCGGAGUAUCAUCGGUCAGUGAACAGUAUCAGCAUGAAGUUGGUUCAGCCCUCGCAGGAAUUGAGGGAGUGGAGAAUAUAUCAGACGAUAUUAUCAUACAUGCUCCUACGCAAGAGAUACAUGACCAGAGACUACAUGCAGUCCUACAGAGGCUUGCGAAUUGCGGUUUGACACUAAACGGAGAAAAGUGUCAAUACAACAUGAAUAAGCUGGUGUUCAUGGGAAUGCUGCUCUCAGAAAAAGGGAUCGGUCCCACGGCUGAAAGGGUUCAGGCUGUGGUUAAUGCGAGAGAACCAGAGACGGCGUCGGAAGUACGAAGUUUCCUGGGAUUAGUGGGAUAUAGCAGCCGUUUUAUCCCACAAUUUGCGUCCGUUACUGAACCACUAAGGAGACUGACAAAGAAAGACACUCCAUUCAAGUUUGGUCCUGAGCAGAGACUAGCAUUCCAAAUGUUAAAGCAAAAGCUGGCUGAAGCAGGAACUCUCGCUUACUUUGACAAAAAGGCACUGACCAAGGUUAUUGCGGAUGCCAGCCCAGUAGGCAUUGGGGCAGUGCUGAUACAAGAACAGAGUGGAGAGAAUGUUCCCAUAUGCUAUGUCAGUCGCAGCUUAACUGAAUGUGAGCAAAGAAAGGGACAACAAACACAUGAACACGAAGCAGAGGAAUAUAUAAAAUUUGUGGCUGUGAAUGCUACGCCAAGUUUGCUUACAACGAGAACUGUGGAAGAAGCAUCAGCAACAGACAACGAAUUGAGGAGAGUCAGACAGGCCAUACAGACUGGUGAUUUCAGCGAAUGCAAAUCGUAUACCCCUAUUGCUAACGAGUUAAGUGUGAUUGGGCAGCUAGUGUUGAGGGGUACACGCAUUGUAAUACCACAGACACUCAGGGCGAGAACUUUAAACUUAGCCCAUGAAGGUCAUCUGGGCAUAGUGGGCACCAAACAGAACCUCAGAAGUAAGGUCUGGUGGCCUGCUAUGGAUAAGGAUGCAGAGAGGCAUGUAAGAUCAUGUCACGGAUGUCAACUGGUUAUGAAACCAGAUAAACCAGAACCACUGAGAAUGACACAGUUACCUGAAAUGCCUUGGCAGGAUCUAGCCACUGAUUUACUUGGCCCACUGCCAACUGGACAAUCCAUAAUGGUGGUAGUUGACUACUACAGUCGCUAUUAUGAAUAUGGAAUACUCAAGUCCACCACAGCCGAUAAAGUCAUUGAUUGUCUGGAAGAGGUUUUUAGUCGUCAUGGACUACCGUGCACCAUCAGAUCAGACUGUGGUCCACAGUUUAUGUCUACCCAGUUCCAGCAAUUUUGUGAGACCAACGGUAUCCAGCAUGUGAAGACCACGCCCAGGUGGGCACAGGCUAACGGUGAGGUAAAAAGGCAGAACGCAUCGAUACUGAAACGCAUACGGAUCGCUCAGGCAGAAGGUUUAGACUGGAGAAAGGAACUCCGUAAAUAUGUGGCAAUGUACAGAGCUAUUGACCACAACACUACAGGGAAGAGUCCUGCAGAGCUACUUUUCAAUCGGAAAAUCAGAGGAAAGCUGCCUGACUUUACCAUGCCACGCAACGAUCAAGAGAUAAGGGAUCGUGAUGCAGAGCAAAAAGGAAAAAACAAGUUGUAUGCUGAUCACCGCCGUGGUGCAAAAUACUCACAGCUAGAAGUGGGAGAUCAAGUCUUGGUGAGACAGGAAAAGACAGACAAACUAACAACCACAUUCAACCCAGUCCCAUUCACUGUUGUAUCCAGAAAAGGAAAUUCCGUGACAAUUGAAGACCCAGGUGGAACCCAAUAUAAAAGGAAUACCACAUUCGUGAAGAAAUUCUUCAAUGAUAACACUAAGGACACUCCAGUGGAAAACAAAACCGGAAUGGAAACAGAACAAACCGAACCUGUGCUGGACAAAAAUGAGAAAUUGAUGUCUGACAAAAAGCCAAACCAGAGGGCACCACUAGAUGGGGAUAUAACACCACAAACAAGGCCAAAGAGACAAAUUAAAUUACCUGAGAAGCUCAAAGACUUUAUUGUUGAGUGA